AUGCGUCCCAUCGCACUCCUGGCAUUAGCCACAACCGCCCUCUCAGCUGUGCUCCCAUGGCAAUCCACCGCAGACAUAGACGAAACGCAGCUCCCCCUCGUGAUCUGGCACGGUCUAGGCGAUGACUUCGAACGCGAAGGCCUGAAGGAAGUAGCCUCACUAGCCGAGUCAGUCAACCCAGGCACAUACGUGCACCUAAUCCGACUGGCAGACGACAGCAGCGGCGACCGCUCAGCAACCUUCAUCGGCAACGUGACCGAGCAAAUCUCCCUAGUCUGCGACCAGCUAGCCGCGGACCCAAUCCUGCGCACCGCACCAGCCAUCAACGCCCUCGGCUUCUCACAAGGCGGGCAAUUCCUCCGCGGCUACAUCGAGCGCUGCAAUUCCCCGCCUGUCCACAACCUCGUCACAUUCGGCAGCCAGCACAACGGCAUCUCGGAGUUCGAGUCCUGCGCGUCCACCGACUGGGUCUGUCGCGGGGCCGAGGCUCUGUUGCGAUCGGGACGGUGGACUAGCUUUGCGCAGUCGCGCGUCGUGCCGGCGCAGUACUUCCGCGACCCGACGGAGCUGGACCUAUACCUCGAGAAAAGUAAUUUCCUGGCGGAUAUCAACAACGAGCGCGCGGUCAAGAAUGAGACUUAUAAGAAGAAUCUGGCGUCGUUGAAUCGGUUUGUGAUGUACAUGUUUGAGGAUGAUACUGUUGCUGUGCCGAAGGAGAGUGCGUUUUUCUCUGAGGUGGAUCCCACGACUGGUGAGGUGACGCCGUUGCAUGAGCGGCCGAUCUACAAGGAGGAUUGGCUGGGGUUGAAGCAGCUCGGUGAGAAGGGGAAGUUGGAGUUUAUUACCAUCCCUGGACAACACAUGCAGAUUUCGGCCAAGAUUCUGCAGGAAGCUUUCACCAAAUACUUUGGUCCGCUGGAGGAGUCAGCUCUUUCGUUGCAGGGUCUCGUUGUGCAACGUGGGCUAUGA